CACAUGAACGUCACUAAGAUACUGCACAACAUAUAGCAGGGCGCGAAUUUCAUGCUUGUGAAGCCUGGAAGACGAUUUAGCUUCCUUACGCCCAGGGCGGUGGAGUUGAUACUGCACGAGCCGUUGAUGCCUUCAUACCUCCUCUCUGGACGGCCUCACAGGAGAGCGAGGUGUCAAGAGAUAGUUGUUAUAGCUUUCGAUCGACGCCGUUUUUCUCGGGAACGCCUGGACAAGCGGAGGGAUCUGUCGUAUACUACCUCUCUUCUUUCCUUCGGUAUUGCACAGGCCUCCGGUAGCACCAGGGUAGUAAACACGCCCUAACCCGUCCACUCGUGAGGGCAGUCGCGACUACCUACGCCUGCCUUUGCUGCCGCAGCAGAUAAAACGCCGCCCGCCAUUCGCGCCGCCAUCGCAAACGACGCGUCA